AUGAGGGGAAUCGAAUAUGGCGACAAAGACAUCAAGACUGUCAUGCGACAAACAAACAAGUGGCUACUUGACUUGCACAAGGAUAGCCAUGUGGAAACUGUAGACUUCGAUAUCCUGGCAGUUUUCAUUAUGCAGGAGACUGAUGCCAAAAUGCAUAUUCGCGAUCUGGUGGCCACUAUCAUCAAAACUUUUGCCGGCUCCAGUACACCACAAACCAACCGACAAAACCAACUCCUUGACGCCGCCUUUGUUGUCUACGAAACCAUCUAUCGCUACGACCAGGGAGUUUUACUGCAACCCGACUUUCCAAAACCAUUUUGUAUUAGACAUCCUAGCCUCCUUGACGUCUUAAAAUACUCAAUGAAAAUGGAAAAGAAGUGUAAGAUAAUAGAAGAGGCAAAGAAGAUGAUAAUCUUGAUCGAUGAGAAUGGAAUCUGUGUUGGUGAUGGUCUCCCACCUUACCCUGCCCCACCAAAGGAUUCUAAACACAUUGCACAUGAUGCUCGUGCAUUAGCUACACUGAAAGAAAUGGUCGAAACACCUGUGUGCAAGUUGAACCUUAACCAAUAUCCCCCUUUAUUUGUAGAAAAUCCACCAUCUGGCCCACCACAAACUCCCUUUAGCCUGAACUCCAAAACAAAAGGUGAUGUACGAGCUCCAGCAAAAAGUCUUGACGCCAGUGUUUCGUAUCAGACUUAUGGAUUUGGAUUAGGUGGAAAAAAAUCGGCAGGAGUGCUUGACAAGAAGAUUGCUUGUGAUGGUAAAUCAAAGUCAAUCAAAACUGAGGAGCUACAGGGACACAAUGAUGGAUGGAAAGAAAAGAAAAUAAAACCGGAACUCCCUGAUCCCCUCCGCGACUACAGCAACACCUUGGAUAAUCAGGCCCUUGCCAAAUUGCGAAACGAAAUUGUUGAAAUUCUGACUCUUUCUUCUCAUUCCUAAAAACCUUUUCCUCAUUUGUUAAUGUUUAUACAAAUUGAUAUUCAUGUUUUGAGUAUGUUUUGUCCUUGUCUGAGUGGCAUCUUAUCUUUUUGUCUAGUGCUGAAAUCCCUGUAGUCUUCGAACCUGGGUCUAGUCUUUAUCAACAAGAAUUUGCUCCUGUCAAUGUUUCAUUCAUGUUUCAAACUGUUAUUCAUUUCUAUAUUCAAUUUCUUCUCAAAACCACAUGUUGAACAUCUUGUAUGUAGACUACUUAACAACUAGUCUCUGCUAAGUAAAAAUAUGAUCGG